CGCACACACACAGAGCCUAAGUUUCCAUGCCAUCAACUUGGACUAAAACCUUAAGGCUUUGCUUGGAUGAGGUGAAAAAGAGUUUUGUAGAGGAGGGUAAAGUAUAGUAAAAUAAGAGAUGAUCCCGAGGCAGAAGGAUAUGUUAGGACUCAUGGGGAUGUGAUUAUGAGAGCUAAUCACAAGGCACAAAGAGAUAUAAAAAGGAAGUAAGGCUUGGAAAAGAAGGGAGAGAAGAAGAAAGUCGAAGCUUGGGCCUGAUUGAGCUUUCCGGUGAUCGUCUCCGGUGACCUCGACAGAAGGGAAGGCAUUCCCAUUUAUCUUACUGUUUUUCUACUUGUUUCUAUCCGAUAUACAGCAUUGUGAGCUUAAUUUCUGCAUCUGAAUUACAGUUUCAGUAUUAUUACUUGUUGAUUGUUGUGUAGUGGAACACUAUCAUUCUGAGAUAGAUUACUCUGGUAUUUUCAUUUGAUUUGAUGAACUGUGGGUGUAUUUUAAUCAUCUGGAUUGAGAUCUAGAUAGAAUUCUCAGAUCUAUCACUAUAUUGAAGAGUUCAUCUCAAUUCUAUUGUGAUAUUCUGCUUGGAAGUUGGAGAAUUACUCUGGUUAUUGAUUGUUGCAUUGAUUGAGCCAUAAUUCAUUACAUAUUUUGGUGCUUUCAUUGAGAGCCAUAUUCCCUCCAUGGCUAAAUCAUUGGAAUUGCAAGACCUAGAGGCUAAGGUAAACACACUCUAUGCAAGGGUUUGUGCAAGGUGGAUCCAAAUCGAAGAAAGAUGGAUUCAAGGUGAAGAAAGACUCACAAGAUUGGAAAGAUCUGUCACUACUGAUUCUGAAUUUUUUAGAGCUUCAUGAUUUGUUUGUAAUUUGCCUGAUGCCCAAGUUGGUACAGUUGGUUGUCUCUCAUCUAUGUGUCUAACGUCACCCAUCAACUGUUUGAUGAAAUUCUCCACUGAACUAAUUGACGUAGUCAAGGGUGAUGAGCAACAUGAAUGGACCCAUUUCGACAAGAUCAAUGCUUCAUUGAAGACGUUUAGCUAUGGGCUUAACCUGGACCAUUGUGACCCUGUGUUGGUUAUUGAGGCAAUGUGCAAUGAGGUGUACCAGAGCAUGUCUACCUUAUAGCUUGAUGAAUUUGUUUCUGAAUUUAUAACUCCUUUUACUAAAAUUGGUGUCGUGAACCAAAGAAUGGAAGCAACAUAUGAGAUGUUACUGGAUGUAUUUGCCAGGCCCAACUAAGUGUAAGUGUUGGGGAUGUAAUUGGCAAUCAGAUAAUCUCAAGGUCUGCAGAAACAUUGGCUAACAUGUGGCACUGUCUUUCUACUGUGGUGUGGUUACUGAAUUUGCUAAUGUGAGGCAUCAGCUUGAAGUCUUGGAAGACAAGCUUGAUGAAAUGAUUCAACCUCAUCUAUCGGAUGCUCUAUCAAAUCACUAAGAGAUUGUUGGGAAUGUUCUGAUCACAGAUACUGGCCAGGAUGAGGCAGGACAUGAUUAUGUGGUGAUUGCAGCUAUUGCAAAAGCAUUAAUGGAUAGGUUUGGCCAGUUUGAUUUUUUGCUUGAAUCUCAUAGAAUAUGGGUUGUAAUGGAUCAGAAGGGGGCUUGUCAGAAGUGUUCUAUUCCAAAGGUUCUUGCUUUGAUGCUGAAUCUAUACACGUCGUCAGAUAAGAAGAAAAGGAAAAUGCAAGGGACAUUCAUGUUGUAUUCUGUUAUUGCCUUGCUAAAUGUUGCAGUGAAAUCAAUUAAAUUUGACAUGUUGGAUAAUUUUUAUGAUAUUGCAAAUGAAAAGGAAACUCUUGGCCACCUCUUUGGUCCAUAUGCCGACACUGCAGCCAUAGUCUUCCAAUGAAGCAAUGCCUGUUAAAAAUGAUUUUGCUUGCAUUGAAGAAGCUGUGAAGAAUGCUACUGUUGAAGAUACUAUUAAGCAAAUCUUCAAUUAUUUUGAACUUGAUCAUCUUUCACCAAGAAGAGUAGACCUACUGCUCAAGCAUUUUAUCCUCCAUGGUUGUGAAAUAUGGUUGAAAUCAAUUUUCUCAGUCAAAGAAUUUAAAUCUCUUGGUUAUGGAAAUUUCCUUGAAUCCCUAGAAAAACAUUCUCCUUUGCUUCAUCUUGAGGUAUUUAACUUGGUGAGAAAUUUUUGCAACAUCUCUACUUUUGAAGUUUCAAUGAUCAAAAAACAAUUAGUAUCAAUGUAAUCACAAGCUGAGAAGAACUAUGGGAAAGGAAUUGGUUUGACUGGGCAAUGUAUUUCCAAUAUCCUAAAGAGGUCAUUUCUAUCUAUUUGUUUUUAUGGAACUUGAAAGAGUCUUUGCAGUUCUCACCAAGGGAUAAAGGCAUUUUGAUGCUUCCAGUUGUAUUCAUUUUUCUGCGUCACUUUUGGAGAGUUCCUUUAAUAAAAACUCAUCGUCUUACUCGAAGAAUAACUCAAGUCUUGCUUCUCUGAUUACUACUGAAUUAGACCAAAUGGCAUGCUCCCUUGGUUCUGUCACUUCCAAAGAUGCAAUGGAAUGCUUACUUAAAGCUCCGAUUUUGUUAGAUCUAAGAUUGUGGUCACACUAGGAUAUUUUAUUUGCUUCAUCACUGCGUCUUCUUUUAGCAUGGUUGUUAAAUGAAGGUUCUACCAAGGAACUAUCAUGUUUAGUGACUAGUGAUGGAAGAAUAAUUAGAAUUGAAGAACCAACCAGUUUUGAUGAUUUCUUUGAGGCAACAAUUCAGGUUUCAUCAUUCAAAGUUGCAAUAAAGUUAUUAUCUCUGAUCUGUAAGUAUGAAGGAUCAAAUAAUGUUCCGCUGUUUUUUCUAAAUUUCUAUGCCCGUAGAGCAAUUGAAGUCAUCAUACAAAAGUAUGUUGAUCAUGAUGAAGCAAAUAGUCAUUGCAGAGCUCCUGGACAUAGAAAUUUUGGGGAAUUUUUUGUUAAUAAAGCUGAACAUUACAAGUGCAUGCAAGUUAAUGAGCACAUCAUGAUACAUGAAAUUGGGCUGUUACUUGGAAUAGUGGGAUGGAUCAAAGAUUAUCAGGCCUUUGGUGCGUCCUCAUAUGAACCUAUACAUACUGGAACUGAUGCAAAUGUCUGGCAUAAGCAAGGCACAAAUCAAAAUGUCUCCACUGAUGAUGGCAUGCGUUGCCAGAAUCGGGAAAAGACUGCAUUGAAUGUUCCUGUCAAUACUACUAUUGCUAUUGUCAACAAUUUUGCCAUCGGCCCAGCUGCCAUGGCAUUCCUUGAUCUGCAAAAUUAUAUUGUUGGUGCAUGGAACUAUAUGAAGAAAUACAUUGAGGCUAGCUCAACUCAAGAGUAUCUCCACUCUGACCUUGAGGACAAGGUCAAGUUUGAUGGGUGGGGUAAUGUUAUGACUAAUGAGUAUAUGAUAACAAGAGAUGAUCCCGAGGCAGAAGGAUAUGUUAGGACUCAUGGGGAUGUGAUUAUGACAGCUAAUCACAAGGCACAAAGAGAUAAAAAAGGAAGUAAGGGCUCGGAAAAGAAGGGAGAGAAGAAGAAAGUAGAUGCUUGGGCCUGAUUGAGCUUUCCGGUGAUCGUCUCCAGUGACCUCGACAGGAGGGAAGGCAUUCCCAUUUAUCUUACUGUUUUUUUACCUGUUUCUGUCCGAUAUACAGCACUUUGAGCAUAAUUUCUGCAUCUGAAUUACAGUUUCAGUAUUAUUACUUGUUGAUUGUUGUGUAGUGGAACACUAUCAUUCUGAGAUAGAUUACUCUGGUAUUUUCAUUUGAUUUGAUGAACUAUGGGUGUAUUUUAAUCAUUUGGAUUGAG